GCCCCUCUGCUCGUCCUCUAGCCGAGCAUGUCUGUGUUUUCGUGCCUUAAAGCUGAUAAAGGGAAACUGCCUCCCAUCAGUGCAUACUGCAGGAUAUGCAUCUGCUACCCCAGUGCCUCGCAUAACUACACAUUAUACUAUUCACCCUCGGGACAAAGACAAACGAUGGGAAGGAGUAAACAUGGAAAGGUUUGCAGAGGAGGCCGAUGUUGUCAUAGUCGGAGGGGGCCCUGCGGGUCUUUCUGCAGCUAUUCGGCUCAAACAGUUAGCCACGGAGCACGGCAAAGAAAUACGUGUUUGUCUGGUGGAGAAAGCUUCUCAGAUUGGAGGACACACGCUUUCCGGUGCUUGUCUCGAGCCACGGUCCUUAGAAGAGCUUUUUCCAGACUGGAAGGAGCGAGGGGCUCCACUUAAUACUCCUGUAACUGAAGACAAAUUUGGAAUUUUAACAAAGAAAUAUAGAAUUCCAGUGCCAAUCCUCCCAGGGCUUCCAAUGGUUAAUCAUGGAAAUUACAUAGUGCGCCUGGGACACUUGGUUGCUUGGCUGGGCCAGCAGGCAGAAGCUUUGGGGGUUGAAGUCUAUCCAGGCUAUGCAGCUGCUGAGGUUCUUUUUCAUGAAGAUGGUAGUGUGAAAGGGAUUGCAACGAAUGAUGUAGGCAUUCAGAAGGAUGGAGCACCUAAAGCUACUUUUGAAAGAGGCUUGGAACUCCACGCUAAAGUCACAAUCUUUGCUGAAGGUUGCCAUGGACAUCUAGCCAAACAGCUGUACAAGAAAUACAACCUAAGGGAGAACUGCCAACCCCAGAGCUAUGGCAUUGGAUUGAAAGAGUUAUGGACUAUUGAUGAAAAGAAGUGGAAACCAGGAAGAAUAGAACAUACUGUCGGCUGGCCAUUAGACAGACAUACUUAUGGAGGMUCCUUUCUUUAUCACUUAAAUGAGGGCGAACCUUUAGUUGCUCUUGGGUUUGUGGUUGGCUUAGAUUAUCAAAAUCCCUAUUUGAAUCCAUUUAGGGAGUUUCAGAGGUGGAAGCACCAUCCCAGCGUACAGCCGACUUUGGAGGGUGGAAAAAGGAUUGCCUAUGGUGCCAGAGCUUUGAAUGAAGGUGGUUUCCAGUCRAUACCCAAACUCACCUUCCCAGGUGGAUUAUUAAUUGGUUGCAGUCCUGGACUCAUGAAUGUUCCCAAGAUUAAAGGGACACAUACGGCAAUGAAGAGUGGCAUCCUGGCGUCUGAGGCCAUCUUCAACCAGUUAACCAAGGAAAAUCUCCAGUCAAAGACUCUAGGACUUCACGUGCAAGAAUAUGAAGAGAACCUGAAGAAGUCCUGGGUUUGGAAAGAGCUCUAUUCAGUUAGAAACAUCCGCCCAUCCUGCCACACCGCCCUUGGUUUGUAUGGAGGAAUGCUCUACACGGGUGUGUUUUAUUGGAUCCUCAGAGGAAUGGAGCCAUGGACAUUAAAACACCCAGGACCAGAUUUUGCUCAGCUCAAGCCAGCCAAAGACUGCACACCUAUUGAGUAUCCAAAGCCUGACGGAAAAAUCAGUUUUGAUCUCCUAUCAUCUGUGGCCUUAAGUGGUACAAAUCAUGAACACGACCAGCCUGCUCAUUUAACCCUAAAGGAUGACAGCGUCCCUGUGAACAAAAACUUGGCUAUAUUCGAUGGACCAGAACAACGAUUUUGUCCAGCAGGAGUUUAUGAAUAUAUUCCUCUGGAAACGGGAGAAGGAUCAAGACUGCAGAUAAACGCUCAGAACUGUGUCCACUGCAAAACAUGUGAUAUCAAGGACCCAAGCCAGAACAUUAACUGGGUCGUCCCCGAAGGUGGAGGAGGACCAGCUUACAAUGGGAUGUAAAUCAGCUGAAAACUAUUCCAUGACUUGACCUCCACACCUAAGUUGCAAUGUUUUAUGCUGCAGCAUAAGUGAAGUGCAGCACUGACUUGAAUCUUAAGCAGUUUGAGACUAACAUGCUAUUCUACAUUUUAGGUAUGACCGUUACAUUAAAUGGAGAGUCAGUGCUUUCAGGUUAGACCCUAGCCUUAUUUAAAAAGUACUUCUUCCCAGCUUACAGUGGCAGGCAGAAGAAAGUUCUUCUCAGGACUGAAAGGAAGCUUGGAUCUUCGAUUUACUGCUGGAGGUCAGUGAAAACAGCAGCCAUAUCCAGAAUCAUGGGUGUGGUAGAAAAAUGUAAUACUUACCCUUAAAAAAAAGGUAUGUUUUCUCUAUUUAAACUUAUUUACUCAAGGAAAUUGUAAUUUCAAUACAGAAAAUAACAUGGUCUAGAAAACUGUCGCUGAUUAAGUGUUACGCAUGUUGGAUAAAUCUAUAUUUAUGGGGUUUUUUUUUUCCUGAGAAUAAUAAGGAACCUGUUUGUAAUACAAGGAAACCUGUUUGCAGUACAAUCUGUAAAGCAUUUAAAAAGAUGAGUAGUACUUA